AUGUUGGAGAGUUUGAAUCCCUUCGCCAGCCCCGUCCCGGCAUUGGCCCACAGCGAAGUAUCAGAGCUGCGCAUCUAUCCCAUAAAAUCAUGCCGCGGUAUCUCGGUCAAGAAAGCCUACGUCACACCACAAGGGCUGGAUAUGGAUCGCCGGUGGAUGUUUGUUGAUGCUGAGACGAUGAAAUUCAUCACGAUCCGCGACAUCUCGGAAAUGACCCUCAUCGACACUUCCUUCGCAUUCCCUGGCUCGCCUGGUGCCGAACAGCUCGUAAUCUCGAUCCGGAACACCAAUAAGAGGGUCACCCUACCCGCGCGCCCAACUCCAUCUUGGCUCGAGCAGAACACCACUCUCUGCACGGUAAAUAUCUGGGAAAGCGACACGGACGGCUACGUCUACGGCUCAUCGAUAAACGACACGUUUACCGAGUUCUUCCAUAAGCCCGUGAAGCUCGUCUACAAGGGUCCCACGCCGAGGAUCUUACGAGGGAACGGGGCUCCGGAGCAGCUGGGCCGAGUAGAGAGCACGAAUUUCCCGGACGUCCUCCCGGUGCUUGUUGCGAACGAGGCGAGUCUGCAGGAGCUGAAUGGGAGACUGAGGGGGAAAGGGCACGAGGAGAUUACCAUGGAGAGGUUCAGGCCGAAUAUCGUCGUUCGCGGAGCGUCUCCUGCGUCCUCGUGCACGGGAGCACCAGCGCCGUGGUCGGAAGAUACUUGGAAGACGAUCCGCUUGUGCUCACGAGAUGAAAAGCCUAAGACGCGAGUCUCUUCGAUGUUUGGAGGCGGUGCGACUGCAUUAUUGGAUAUUGAUAUACAGGCCCGAUGCGCGCGAUGCCAAGUCCCGAAUGUGGAUCCGGAGACUGCGGUGAAAGAUAGGAAGGAGCCGUGGGAUACGCUGGUUAGUUACCGGCGCGUCGAUCCAGGGAUCAAAUGGAAGCCUUGUUUUGGGAUGCUGGGAUGUCCGCGAAGCGAAGGUGAGGUGAGCGUCGGGGAUGGGUUUGAAGUGCUGGGUGAAGUGAAGGGGGAACAUGUCUAUAUGAAAGGCUUUUAA